UCUCGUUGACAAGUAUCCAGUUGCAUCCGUGCAUGGUCCGUGGCAGUAGGCGGUACUGUGUUUUGCCGAGUGGUUAGGUUUCUUGUCGUUUGUACGUGUAUUUAAAUUUUAUAAAAGUUAAAAACGAAAAUGCAACGGAGACGACUCGUAAUGUGCAUCAACACGCAUCUCAGCGCCUCUAUUUGAGAACUAGCGCGGUUCGAAAUUGAAAAAAUCGCGCGCGCAUUUUAGGUUAAAUCGUCCUGCGAACAAUCGGAUGCAUAACAAUGCGUUGCGUGAGAAAUUCAUACGGUGAAAGUCUCUUGCACGUCGUGCAAUUAGAAUUCCGACGAAGUGUACGUUGUCGUGGAUUAGUCGUCGCUUUCUGACCGCCUUCCUCCAAACUGUGUGCAUCUUGUGCGUUUAUUCGCAGUGCAACAACAAAAAGAGAAAAAAAGGGAGAGGGAGAAAGAACAGAGAGAGAGAGAGAGAGAGAGAGAGAUAGAAGUAUAGAAAGAGACAAAGAGAAAGAAAAAUGCCGAGACUACUCAAGUGGCGAUGAUUCCGCUCAAAUUUCGCCGCCGUCUAAUUUCAUAUAGGAUUUCCCCGUAUUGUACAUGCACCGAGUGACUGUAAACAGAUUUGUGUUGCGACGAACAUGCGCGCUGAUGGAAUGGAAACGUAACUGCUCUCGACAGUUUUCUUCCAUCGAAAGGAUAUUAGAAUAACUGAACAUGGCAGAUGAUGAGGGUACAGAAUGGUUGCAGGAACUGCUGCACGAUGUUCAACUUUCACAGUUUUUCACUAGAAUACGGGAUGAUUUACAAAUCACUCGAUUACAUCAUUUUGAUUAUGUACAACCGGAAGAUCUUGAAAAGAUAGGUUUAGGAAAGCCAGGAAUUAGAAGAUUAUUAGAAGCAGUUAAGAAAAAGAGAACCACCCAAUGGAAGAAAAACUUGAUAACCAAGAUCAAGCCUGGAAGUAGUACGAAAAGCAAUAAAAAAUCUUCACAACCAGUUGAAAGUUCCUCGGUGCUAACCUGUCUCAUUCAAGACAAAGAUGUAACAUUAUCCGAUCAAUUGGGUGAUGGUAGUUUUGGUAUAGUGAGGCGUGGAGAAUGGACUUCUCCUUCUGGUAGAAAAUUACCAGUUGCUGUGAAAGUUUUGAAAGCAGAUGCUCAACCAAGUGUUAUAGAGAAUUUUGUGUCUGAAGUUCAAGUAAUGCAUACAUUGGAUCAUCAAAAUCUCAUUAGAUUAUAUGGUGUAGUAUUAUCACAACCAAUGAUGAUGGUGACAGAACUUGCCUCUCUUGGAGCUCUGUUAGAUUAUUUGCGAAAACAGUGUGGUCAAAUUUCAGUAUUAACAUUGUGCGAUUAUGCUUUGCAAGUAGCCACUGGUAUGGCUUAUUUGGAAGCAAAGCGUUUCCUACAUCGUGAUCUAGCUUGUAGAAACGUUCUUCUGAGUUCAAUAGACAAAGUGAAAAUCGGUGAUUUUGGCCUAAUGCGGGCAUUACCCCAACAAGAAGAUUGUUAUGUGAUGUCAGAACACAAAAAGGUGCCAUUUCCUUGGUGUGCUCCGGAAUCUUUGAAAAGACGAAAAUUCACUCAUGCAUCUGAUGUGUGGAUGUUUGGUGUUACAUUAUGGGAAAUGCUUACGUUCGGGGAGGAGCCAUGGGUCGGUUUAAAAGGAUCAGAGAUUCUUCGAAAAAUCGACAAAGAAGGUGAAAGAUUACACGAGCCAGAAGCAACACCACCAGAGAUGUAUCAACUAAUGUUAAGGUGUUGGGCUUGUGAUCCUUCGGAAAGACCAACUUUCGCUUCUCUACGAGUAUCCCUUACGUCGAUGGUCCCAACUGUAAUGAAAGCGAUCAGUUCUUUCGCAGUAUCUGAUCCUGGUAAAAUGACCAUAAAACAAGGUGAUCAAAUAAUUAUUUUAGAUGGUCAACCAGAGAAUUAUUGGUGGAAAGGUCAAAACCAACGAACCUUUCAAAUCGGACUUUUCCCUCGCUGUUAUGUCGACCCCAUGAGACGUAAACAGCCAGAAGACAUUAGUAAACCAUUGGAGAAUUCUUUUAUUCAUACGGGGCAUGGUGCACCUUUUGGAAAAAGUUGGGGCAGUCCUACUUUCAUAGACGAUGUUUAUCUUCGAAAUCCCAUGGAACCACCUGAUAUUGUUGGGGUUACUGUACCUCCAGAUAAUCUUUUAAAGGAUAAAUAUUGCGGUACACCACGAUCACGGAAGCAAUUCAAUUACACGAAAUUUCAAAAUGACAUCGGUGCUAGUCCUGUUAAAACGACAAACGCCUCUGUUCCAAGCGGCAAUCAAGAAGGCAGUUUAAUUGACCUGUCACCAGAAGAAAUUGUGAACACAAACGAAGUACAAUCGGAUACUGCCUGUCGACGAGUGGUUAAUAUUCUCGACGAACCUAUCGAUGACAUAGAACAACAGGCCCAGACAAAUUGGCAGGACGAAGAUCCUCGAACUUACGCUAAUUUCCCUGGGAACAUCGAUCCAGCAUACUCAGACCCGUUCGACACAUCUUCAGUAUUUUUGAAAUUACCGCAUUCGAGAUAUUACAGUCAUGUUCCCUCAGAUGUGAGCAGUCGAUAUUUCAAGACGCAAAGUUAUGGAAAUGUACAAAACCAAGAUGCUGGUGGUAGCCAGAACAGUACAAAUUAUUUCACUUCAGAAUCCGGAUCAGACGUGAAUCAUUAUUCUAUAAACUUGAGCAAAGAGAAUCGAAACGAUAGUAUUAAUCUGAACGUGAAUGUGGACACAGAGGAAAGUAAUACGUACAGUCAAAACCAUUACAGUGAGAUUGAUAAACCUAGUCCACCUAUAGCUAAUUGGCCAGAGGAUCUGCAAAAUGACACACAGACGUACGUAAAUGUCUCUAGUCGAAAUUUGCAAACUUCUGACGCGCCUCCUCCCCCACCUGUCGCCCCCAAUGAGAGUCCACCGAAGCCAAAAUCGAAUCAUGAUUUGGCCCAAAGUCUGAGCGAGCUAACUAUAAACUCUCAAAAUAUCUCGCCUAAAAAAUUAGAUCCUGCUUUUCUAGCAGAGCUGGAGAAGCAUUUGGGCGAGAAAGAAGCGAGUAAAAACAUGAUUGCGAGAGAUCAACAAAAUCCGGAUUCCGAUUCCUACUCGUCCAUUAACAAAUUACAAGAUAACACGAUCCCAGCGUUAAAGCCUCCACCUCAAACCAUCAAACGCAAGUCUCCUCAGUUGGAUUACAGAAGCAGCAAUCUGCCCAGUAAGGUUCAAAACUCCUGGCCGUCCAAGAGUACAAAUAUUCAACAACCUGCUCGCACUGAACGUGUCUUAGAAACGACCACCGAGCAGAUGGUAGGUCAAAUCUGGCAGCAGACUCAGGCAUCGCAACACGGUACGCAAACGAACUUGAAUCUUUUACAAAUCGCACCCAGUAACGUGUUCAAACAGAACUUGAAUCAUGCACAGAACUCGCUGUCGAUUUCCAACCAGACUAUGAACGCCCAAAACCUUUCCUUGCCUACUACUGGUAACGUUCAUGGAAUAACACAGAUUCAAAACGAUCUUCAGCAAACGUACUCCAGCAACAUCGUCUCAAAACCUCCUAACGUGAUGUUCUCGGAGCAAGUGUACGCGGAAUUGAAACAAACAGUACCGAACCUUGAUCAAUUAUCUCAAAACGAGUUCAACACGUUGUACAACAAGACAGUGCAGCAAAACAUUUUAAGGAAUUACUACGCGGCCGGUACCUCGACUGUCUCUGAUUCGGCCAGCAAUCUAAGUCAUACCCACUUUUUGGACGGGGCUACAGCUAAUCUUCAGAUUCGAUCUGGACAACCGGCGAGAAAUAUAUCGAGCCAGGGUCAUCCCUGCGAUUUUAGUCCUCACCUAAAGCAGCCGCCAAUGUACAAUCCUCCUCCUCCUCCAACUACAUGGAGCCCUAUGAAAUCGGUUUCGAAUGAGUUAGGACAGGGCCAAGCUGCGAUGAAGUCCAAUUUAGCCAGCAAUCUGGUGAACAAUCCCAAUUUGCUGCAAAUCACGCACACAAAUCCGCCUCAAGAGGGCGCCAUGACGCUGCAACAAUCCUCGACGAGAGGUCUGCCUCCUCAGAUGACCGAGACGGUUGUUAAUACUCAAUUAGCCCCCUCCACAUCUGCGUAUCCCUCUGGAGUUAGCCCUCCAUUAACUACAGCCUCUCAACAACUGGUCAUGUCCCUUAACGACGAAUUUCGAGCGAACAAAGUGAUGAAGGUGCAGAGAGAGACGAGUGACGCAUCGCAUCAGGAAAUACUCAUUGCACUGCAGGCUACUGGCUGGGACACUCAUCAAGCUGCAAAGCAGAUCUUGAAAGACAGGCAGGCCAAGAUCGAGUCCUUGGUCAGGCUGGGCUUGGCAGACCGACAACAGUGCGAGGGUGCUUUGAAGCAGACUGAAUACAAUGUAGAUUUAGCAGCUUCCCUUUUGUUAGACCAGGUCAAAUGAAGGCAGAUGUGAAAAGCAGCGCGCUGUUGCUGAAGAUAUUGUAAAAUAACCGUAGUGAUGUAUGUAUUAGAUAUAUGUAUAUUUAUGAACGAUCGCCAUACAACGCGUAAACGAGGCUACGAGCUGCGAGCAUAAUUAAAUAAGUGUCUCUUCAAAAGAUAUCUUACGUAUAUUUAAACACUUUUUUAGGCCCUCAUGAAAGGUUACAAAGUUCCAAAAAAGAAGAAAGGAGUAUUUAUCCUUUUUUUUCUUUUUUUUUUUUUUUUUUUUUAAUUUCUUUCGUAAUUUUAUAAUAACAGAGGAGAUUGCAUUCCAGAAAUUGACGAGGAAAAAGUACGUAAAAGUAAAGAUAUUUCGCGAGCUAACGUAGCGAGUCUCAAAUUUGUAGAAAAUAAAUAUUCCUCUUGGGCCAGCCUAUAAUUGUGAGAUUGUCGCGGUAAGAUUUAUACAAAUGGAUGAAAGGAUGGGGUGGAAAGAGAUUUUUGAGAUAAUAAUUCAUUGUUAUAUAUAUUACAAAUAUCGAAUACGUGCUUCUUAUUA